AUGUGGAACCCAAUGGCUUUGGGAAGGAUUGCUUCAGAAUGGGGUAACCCAAUUUGUGCAGAUAAGCUAACUAUGAUGCAGGAGAGAAUAUCAUAUGCAAGAGUCCUUGUAAAGUUAAAUGUGGCAGGUGAAAUUAAAGCUUCAAUUCCGGUGUUUCUACCAGAUAAUGAAGAAAUGAUACAAGAGGUAGUGUAUGAGAACUUACCUAGCUUCUGUACCCAUUGCAAACAUAUGGGACACUCAGUGAGUCAUUGCAGAAUCAGGAAAAGAAUGACAGAAGGUAGGAAGCAGAAUGGAAAGGAAAAUAUAAAACCAGUGCCAGAGAAUGAUAAUGGGGACUUGCAGGGAAACCAACAGAAACAAGUGGAUAAAGGAAAAGGGAAACUAUGUUGUGCAGAAAGUGGGAGUGGGUCAUCAGACUUGAUUCUUGCCAAGAUUGGGGUGGAAAACUGUCCUGACCAUAAAAGAGAUAUGGAUACAUAUAAGAUUGAUAAUGUGAGGGGAAACACUUCUAGACAAGCAAAUGGGAACUCUGUUUCGAACUCUCCUAUUGGGGUUCAGAUGGAAAAUAAAAUGGAAACAAACACAUUGGAGGGCAUCAAGGAUGGGGAUACUCAUCAAGUCCUGGGUGAGGACUCCAUCGUUGGUGUAGAAAAUGCUCUAGUUGGUGAGGUUAAUUGCACUGAAACACUGCAGGAGUGUUUGCAGGGAACCCAUUCUGCUGAGAACUCCCAAGUUGAAGGGGAUGGACCUGGACCUUCCAAGAUGGCUCUAUGUAUACAGAAGGAAGAACAGAAGGGGGUAGAGGAUCUUCAAGGGAGUCGGGAGGUGGUUUGUGCUUUACAAGCUCCUGGGGUUCCAGGAAAAAAUACUCCUGUGGGGAAAAUGAAACAAGUGACAAAUGUUGCAAAUGAUGGAUUUUCUACGGUGAAAAGCAGGAAAAUCUCUGCUUGGAAUAUCAGGGGCCUAAACAGGCCCUUGAAGCAAAAUGGGAUUUGUAAUCUCAUAAAGAACAGUAAACUGGAUAUGUUGGGAAUUUUGGAGACAAAUUUAACUAUUGAAAAGCUGGAAUGCAUGAUGAAUAGGAAAGUGAAAGAUUGGAAGCAGAUAAAUAACUUCGAGAUAUAUAGAGGAGGCAGGAUUGUGCUGAUGUGGAAUCCUCAACUGGUGCGGGUUUUAUCUGUCCAGUUGAACCCUCAAGCCAUACAUUGUUGGAUAAAAUGUAUUGUCACUUUGAAUGAGUUUGCAGUUAGCUUUAUCCAUGGCUUUAACUCACUGGUUAGAAGGAGGGAGCUAUGGGAGGAAAUAAUCCAGAUUGGAAAUGCUUACUCAGGGCCAUGGGUUCUUCUGGGGGAUUUUAACUGUGUUAUGUGUACAGAGGAGAAAAGAAAUGGUAUUCCCCCUUUGGAGUAUGAGAUGCAAGAUAUAAGGGAUUGUUUUAAUGCAGUUGGGCUUCGUGAUCUCAACUCUACAGGGAAUAGGCUUACAUGGACAAAUGGUACAGUAUGGUGCAAGCUUGAUAGAGUGGUGGUAAAUCAAGAGAGGAUGGAAAAAAACUGGAUUGCUAGGGCAGAAUUUAAACUACCUGGUGUUAUUUCUGACCACUCAGUGUGUCAUGUGACUCUGUUUAGUGGUUUUGAUAUGGGCAAAGUUCCUUUCAAAUACUUUAAUAUGUGGACUAAUCAUGAAGAUUUCAAGAAAUCCAUUGAGCAAAGCUGGGGGAGGUACUAUGAUGGAUAUUGCCAAUUCAGUUUAGCGAAAAAGCUUCUGGCCCUGAAAAAACCUUUGAUGGCCCUUAACAAGUUCCAUUUUUCUCAUAUCUCUUUAAGAGCUGAAAGGGCUAGUGUAGAGUUAUUGGAAAUCAAGGAAAUAUUGCAUGAUUUGCCCUCGAGUCCCGAGCUUCAAAUGGAGCUAAAGGCCAAAAGAAGUGAAGUUGAGAGAUUGGAAGAAGCUAACAGACAAUUUUUGGCUCAAGUGGCAAAAUGUAAAUUUUUAAAAAAUAGUGAUAAAGGGACUACUUUCUUCCAUGCUCUACUGAAAAGGAACAAGGCUAGGAACCAUAUAGCAGCAAUUACAAAGCAGAAUGGUGAGGUGACAGAAUCUUAUGAGCAAGUGGUUAGUGAAUUUGUUGGUUCUUACAAACAACUUCUGGGUGAAAAGCAGAGUUGUACCAGAAUUGAUAAACAGAGCAUAGUGGGUAAAGAUGUGAUUGAUGCAGUUAAGGAAUUUUUCAGGACUGGGAAACUAUUGAAACAACUGAACCAUACUGCUAUAGCCCUAAUCCCUAAAUCAAAUCAUGCAAGUUGUGUGAAUGAUUUCAGGCCUAUUUCCUGCUGUAAUGUGAUAUAUAAAACCAUUUCAAAAAUUAUUGUGGCUAGAAUUAAGCCCUGUUUGGAGGAGUUGAUUAACCCAGCACAGGCUGCUUUUGUCAAGAACAGGAGCAUAACUGAGAACAUUUAUUUGGUGCAAGAGCUGGUUAGAGGGGGUGACUCAGUCUCUGUAGGGUAUAUUAUGGAAUGCCUGAGAUCAUUUUCUAAUUGCUCGGGAUUAUCUGCUUAUAGCCAGAAGUCUAAUAUUUAUCAUGCUGGAAUCAAGCAACAAGAGUUGGAAAAGAUUAUUAAUUUAACAGGAUUUAAGAUCAGUGAAUUUCCUUUCAGAUAUUUGGGAGUUCCGCUCCUGGCAUCCAAACUGAAUUUUGCUCAUUACAGCCCAGUUGUGAACAGAAUUGCAAAUCUGUUGAAGGAUUGGCCGGUGAAAACUCUGUCAUAUGCAGGGAAGCGUGAGAGGAUUCUUGUGGGGAGGCAGAAGGAAGCCUUUAGUUGCAUGGCGUGA